AUGCUUGCAGGUGAGAGCGUACCCGUCACCAAGACUCCACUUCCGCAACGACAAAAGGACGAGGUGCUUAAUAUCCGUUCGGUUGCUCGACAUGUUUUGUUCGGUGGAACAUCAGUCAUCCAAACACGUAACUAUGCGGAAGAGCGAGUACUUGCAAUGGUCAUCCGAACCGGAUUUCGCACAGCCAAAGGAGAACUGGUGCGUGCAAUUCUGUUCCCGAAACCGCUCAAGUUCAAAUUUACUCAGGACGCGCUUAAGUUUGUCGCCGCCCUGGCCGUGUUGGCCCUGAUCGGAUUCGGUGUAUCCGUCUACUUUUUGCACCGUUCGGGGACAGCCGUAAAAACGAUCGUCUUACGUGCACUGGACUUGAUCACAGUGUGCGUUCCACCUGCAUUACCGAUGGCCAUGACGGUGGGCGUAGUGUUUGCUCAACGUCGACUGCGAGGAAAGGGUAUCUACUGCAUCAAUCCGUCCCUUAUCAACGUCUGCGGUGUGCUCAAUGUCACUUGUUUUGAUAAAGUUAGUCAACGUUCAUUUUAG